UAUUCUGUUGUGUGCAGCUCUUCGAACAAAGUCAGUAUUAAAAGUCAGCAGUCCUUCAACUGGCUUACAACCAACAUUUGGACUAUUUUAAAUUCUCGAAACGAAAUUAUUCAUAAUUUUUAAGUGGUUUGAAAAGGCUUGUCCUAGUCUUACUCUCUAAGACAGAUAUUCAAUUUACUGUUAAAUCGAAGAUCUUAAUGCGAAAAAAAUAAUAGACAGCGCUUUUGAAGAGACCGAUCUUUCAGAAACCUGACAAAUCCGUAAUAGUUAUAUGAAACCGUCUAGAAUACGGUUUUCUUUUCUUUUGUUUUCUUUUCAGAAGCUGAAGAUGGCAUUUCACAUAUAAAUUCUUUUUUACCACCGACGCACAAUAUUCCACCACGUUCAAUAUCAACUAACGAAGAUUUUAUAACAAUGCCAAAAUUUCGUUUAUUCCACAUACUAAAUACAUGUAUGGAACUGUAUAAUCAAGAAGAACAAGCUGACAAUGAAUAUGUUAUAAAACAUAGAAUUUUAGAACAAACAUCAAAUGUUAUACAAAAUUUAAAAAGAAUAAAUAAAUUAAAUGAAGAUAUUAAUAACUAUUAUGAAAGAGGACAUGAAUGUUAUAAAGUAGUUUUUGAACGGUGA